AUGAGGACUUUGUGCCCAAAUUUGGAUAGAGAAGAUGGGCUGGAUACGGUGCUUGAGGUGCCCAUCCCAGAAGAGAUGUUUGGUUCUAACAAGAAUCGAACUUGGCAAAACAUGAAAUCUUGGAUGAGAUCGCAUACUGAAAGAGCACCGCAGGUCACUUCUGUAUUUGGAGGACGAAGCACGGAAAUCCAGUUCUUGCUUGGUGUUAUUGGAGCCCCUUUAAUCCCUCUUCCAAUCCGCUGUGAUCAAACUAUUGUUAUGGACAACAUUAAGGAUCAUCCCAUUGAGGCUUCAAUGGCGAAAUAUAUAGUGCAACAGUAUAUAGCGGCUGCAGGAGGAGAAUACGCGUUGAAUUCGAUUCAUAGCAUGUAUGCAAUAGGGAAGGUGAAGAUGGCUGCAUCAGAAUUUGUAGCUGGAGAGCACUUUAGUUUGAACAACAGUAAGGCUAUGAAUAUAAAAAAUCUGAAGCAUGGGCCUGGAGAGAUAGGAGGAUUUGUAUUGUGGCAGAAGAGGCCAGACUUGUGGAGUUUGGAAUUGAUGGUUUCAGGAUAUAAGAUCAGUGCUGGUAGUGAUGGUAAGAUGGGUUGGAGGCAAACUCCAUGGCAUCACUCCCAUGCAUCCCGAGGUCCACCAAGACCGCUACGUCGAUCCUUACAGGGUCUCGAUCCAAGGUCGACUGCCAAUUUAUUCUCCAAUUCCAUCUGUAUUGGUGAGAGGACUAUCAAUGAUGAAGACUGCUUUGUAUUAAAGCUCGAAAUAGAGCCCUCUACCUUGAAAGCAAGAAGCAGCUCAAAUGUCGAGAUAAUCACACACACUAUCUGGGGCUGUUUCAGCCAAAGAACAGGCCUUUUAGUCCAGUUAGAAGACUCUCACCUCCUACGAAUAAAGGUUUCCGGAAACAGCGAUGUAUUUUGGGAGACGACAAUGGAGUCGUUGAUACAAGAUUACAGAACAAUUGAUGGUGUUAACAUUGCGCAUGGUGGCAGGACUUCCGUCUCAUUAUUUAGGUUUGGCGAAAAUUCUGAAAGCCAUAACCGGACUAGAAUGGAAGAAGUUUGGAGUAUUGAAGAAGUCGACUUCAACAUAAAGGGAUUGUCGAUGGACUGUUUCUUGCCUCCAGCUGAUUUGAAAAAGGAGGACGAAGGAUGCGAUGUCGUUACGGGUGGUGAUUUGACCAAACACGAAAGGUUACAGUUCAAGAUUUUAUCGAAUUCCUCUAGGGUUAGUAGUAACCCUAAAGGUGCCAAAAAAGUGGUGGCUAUUGAUGAGGAAAAUUUGGAAAUGUUUGAGACAGAUGAAGAGUAG